AUACAUACAAGUAGUAUUGGAGAGAGAGACAGAGAGAGGGAGAGAUGGAUAGGGUGUUUUCAGUGGACGACAUAGCGGACCAGUUCUGGUCGCCGCCGCCGGUAAUAUUGGGAGGUGCGGCGGAGGAGGAUGCGUCGUCGUCGAAUUCGAAGGUGAAGCCGAUGACGGUGAUGAAUCGGAGCUCAUCGGAGUGGGCCUUCCAGAGGUUCCUCCAGGAGGCCCACAGCAAUACCGCCGCCACCACCACCACCACCACCAUCACCGUGUCCGAGUCCUCGCCUUCGUCUUACUCUUCCCCUUCCGCUACUGUCUGCGGCGGCGCUCCGUCGACGAGGCCUGACAAGGACGUGGUCGAGAUCAAAGAUCGCCAAUCUCAGUCUCAUCAACACCAACAUCAUCCGACGACUAUCAAUUCGGCGCCGCCGCCGAACGUUUCCGUUGAUUCGGAGGAGUAUCAGGCUUUCCUCAAGAGUCGUCUCAAUUUGGCCUGCGCUGCUGUCGCCAUGACUCGGGCACCUUAUGUAAAACCUCAAGAAUCUGCUGAUGUUGCUGAAAAUGGAUCUCAUAUGUCCAGUACUUCACAAUUGGGAUCUCAGGCUCCUGGCAAAGAAACUAAUUCUGAUCUAAAAAAAGGACAAAAUAAGGAUGCUAGUGAGCCACUUGGCAUUUCUUCCUUGUCAGCAACGCAAAAGAAAUCUGUGUGUCAGGUGAUAUCAGCUACAAGUGGAUCAUCAAGAGAGCAGUCAGACGAUGAUGAAGCCGAAGGAGAAGCAGAAACAACACAAAACAUGGACCCUGCUGAUGUAAAACGCACAAGGAGAAUGAUUUCAAAUAGAGAAUCAGCUCGGCGCUCUAGAAGAAGGAAACAGGCUCAUUUAACUGAGCUUGAAACACAGGUUUCUCAAUUACGAGUUGAAAACUCUUCCUUGCUGAAACGUCUGACUGACAUAAGUCAAAAGUACAGUGAAGCAGCUGUUGACAACAGAGUCCUAAAAGCCGACGUUGAGACGUUAAGAGCUAAGGUCAAGAUGGCUGAAGAGACCGUUAAAAGGGUUACUGGAUUGAAUCCGUUGUUUCAAGGCAUGUCUGACCUGUCCAGCAUGGGCAUGCCAUCAUUUGCCGGUAGCCCGUCAGACACAUCGGCAGAUGCUGCUGUUCCGGUCCAAGAUGGGCCAGAACAACAGUUUUAUCAGUCUGCUCCUAAUGGUAUGCCCGACCAGGGUCCAAGAACCACUAAAUCCGGUUUCUCAGACAUUCCAUCAGUAGAUAAUGUAGAGCACAAUCCGGCGACAAUGGCAGCCGGGGGAAAUAAGAUAGGCAGAACAACUUCGAUGCAGCGAGUGGCUAGCUUGGAGCAUUUGCAGAAACGGAUUUGUGGAGAUACAAGUCCUUGUGGAACUCAGUGCAGCGGGGAGCAGUAGCAGCAAAAGAGAAGAAGCCCUACCCUACUGCAAUUCAGGUUUUGUUAAAGGGAAGCAUCUUGGUUAAAUAUAUUCUGAUUCAAGGCUUCCUCCUAUUCUUUUGGCUCUAUCGCAUUGUGAAGACCACCCCAUAUACAUUUCAUUAUUAUGUGCUGCUAUCAAACAGCUUGAUUUAUUAUUGUAGUUCCUUUUGCAUCAUCAUUUUUUAGGAUAAUAACAGACAAUUUCUGACACAUAACAUAAUGUUACAAUUAAAAAGACAACAUCUUCACAUAAUUUUUAUGAUGUUUUUGUACAUCAUUUGUUGAUUUGUCGUGAAGUUUUUGGACUUUUUUUUUUUUUGCUGUCUGUAUUAUGAACUCAGAUUGAAGAGCUUCUUCCAGUUGACCAUUCAAAAUCAAGCCCGGGGAAAAAGUCUCAAGUUAGGGUUGCCUGUAGUAUGAUUAGUUGCUCGUCACGAGCUUUAUCUUAAUUUAAAGGUGAAAGAAUUACAACCUAACAAGAGAUCCGGGUGGUCCUAUGGACACAGUCUCGAGUGCGGCCUGCACUAACUAGGUUUUCCAAAUCUGAUUUUAAAGAACUAGUAAGAGGCAACAUCCAUAUCCAUGAUACAAGCUGAAAAGCUUUUGGAUGCGUAUAAAUCACAGAAAGAACAAAAAAUGAUAAAAUGCACCAUGCCAAUACAAAGUCUAAAGGUCACUCUGCCUUCUCAACAUAAACUGUUAGCCCUGUUUUUCUUCAAUACAUGCGUAGGCAAAAAGCGCUGAAUUGAAAAUGUACAGUAUACAAAAGCAGGAACCUCAUCAAUUGUCAAGAUCUUGGAAAACUGGGUUUGCCUCAAGUUGCUCUGCAAAUUUCUCAAGUAUUUUCUUCACGAAUAACCGAAAUUCCUCUUCUGAUCCAGCAGCAGCACUUUCUGAGUUUCCUACAUCUGCAAAAACUGCAUCGUAGAGAAAAGCAACAGAUUCGCCUGCUUUUGGUGAUGGCAGCCCAAGUUCCUUCGCAUUUUCCUCUAGAAAAUCCCUGAUUAUGUCUGUCCUCUCCGCACUCUUUUCCAGCUGCAAAAUUCUCUCUAGGACAGCAUUCAAUUUCUCCUUACUGGCCAGAAGCUGAUUUUUUUUGAGAUAUUGUCAGAACUAGCAUAUACAUAGAGAUCCAAAAUUUCCCACUACAGAUCAUAUAAUGGGCCAACUCUUGAUGCAUGCUAGCUCUUUGUUGCACAAGUAUAAAUCAAAAUCUAAGUACUUCACAAUUCCUUCCAAAUUCUUAAAUUACCCAAAGUUUCAAGGAUCAAAGCCAAUACUCCCACUUUCAGCUUCAAGUAGGUACUAAUUUGCGUGUCAAGACUCAAGAAUGACCAAAAGAAUAAGGACCCAAGUAUUUCCUCAAUUCCAAAUUACUUGGACAACUAACAAACUCAAAAAGUUUAUUAUCAACAUGCAAAAUGGAUUGAGAACAUAAAAAGCAUUGCAAGCAGUAAUGGAGAUUCUGAGGAAGAUUACCACACAUCAUCAGUAAGAUGACCGCUGCUCUCCAAACAGAAUAUUUCAUUAAGAUAUCUAGUAAGGGGUUUAUGUAGGUAAAACACAGGUGCACAAGCUUUACCUUUCUUAGCUUAGAACCAUUAACGACCUUGAUACUCUGGGUGACCACAACAGGCUUUUCAGCAAGGGUAUCUGCCAGCUCUUGCAUAAUUGGCUGAAGGACUUCAGCAAAUUGUGAUUGCCCCAGUUCCUCAUUCCCCACGGCACCAUGCUUCUGUAAUAUCUCAUUCAGGAAGGGAAAUUCUG